GGCCUGUCGCUCCCGCCCACGCCGGGAGUCCGACGUGGAAGUUGGUGGCCGACCGGACUUCCAAGGGAUCCGCCUGGGAGCCGGAGCCAUAGGCCAAGGCGAGCAGAGGUGGCGGCGCCUAGGCUCGAAUAGGAGUCGCUGCCAAGGCCGGGGGCCUGUCUCUCACCACCGAUAAGGGCGGACAGGCGGUUCAUCAUGGGUGGCUUUUUCUCAAGUAUUUUUUCCAGUCUGUUUGGAACCCGGGAAAUGAGGAUUUUAAUUUUGGGAUUAGAUGGAGCAGGAAAAACUACAAUUUUAUACAGAUUACAAGUUGGAGAAGUCGUUACUACUAUUCCUACUAUUGGAUUUAAUGUUGAGACGGUAACAUACAAGAACCUUAAAUUCCAAGUCUGGGAUUUAGGAGGACAGACAAGUAUCAGGCCAUACUGGAGAUGUUACUAUUCAAACACAGAUGCAGUCAUUUAUGUAGUAGACAGUUGUGACCGAGACAGAAUCGGCAUUUCCAAAUCAGAGUUAGUUGCCAUGUUGGAGGAAGAAGAACUGAGAAAAGCCAUUUUAGUGGUGUUUGCAAAUAAGCAGGACAUGGAACAGGCCAUGACUCCCUCAGAGAUGGCAAAUUCACUUGGGUUACCUGUGUUGAAGGACCGAAAAUGGCAAAUAUUCAAAACUUCAGCAACCAAAGGCACUGGUCUUGAUGAGGCAAUGGAAUGGUUAGUUGAAACGUUAAAGAGCAGACAGUAAUUCAAUCACUUCUACCCCUGUGAAAUGAAGACUCCAUCACAUAUCCCUUUGGAAACAGUUAAGUGUGCUUCAUGCUACUAAAUGUUAAAACUGUGUGAUUAUUGGCAUAUACUGAACUGACUGCAAUAUUUGUAAUAAAUAUAAAAAAUAAGUAUUUGGUUGGAAGGGUAGUUCACCCAUGAUUGAACCAACUGAAUGUCUGUUCUGUGUAAUGUAAAAUCUUUCCUUGCUUUCUUAAGUAUAUAUUCUAUUUGUAAGGAAUUCUUAUUCAAAUAGAGUCCUAUUAAAGAAUGUACUCUUAUUGAGGAAAAACCCUCCUAUUUUUGAAUUAGUGGUUGCCGCUUGUUUGUAUACACUAAUAAAUAUCUUAACUCAGAUUUUUUUCCCCUAAAAUGAAUUAAGUUCUUCCAAAGAUUAGACUUAGUAGAGUAGGAACACAGUGUGGGUAAUACAGUCUUCAUUUGUUUAAUGACCACUUUAUUUAAGCUGUUUUGUUUAAAAGCUUUUGGGUAUAGGCAUGAAGCUGAAAAAUUAUUUUGGUGGUUAACCUCACUGACGUCUGUAAUUGUCAUUUUAUAGUACUUUAUAGUAGCCAAAAAAUUUUUCAUAUAUACAGGAACCCUGUGAUGUAGGUAGGACAGGUUGUAAUGUCUUUAUUUUAUGGACAUGGACCCAAGGUUCUGAUAAGUUGGCUUGCUCAGGGCCACCUGCUAGUGAAGUCAGAACAGGGCUGAAAGUGAGAUUUCAUUGUCAAGCUCAUCCCAUAAAGUAUACCAUAAAUUCCUGAAAAUGUCAACACUGGUAACACAA